AUGGCUAGCACCGUCGUGGUCACGCCUCCACCUCGGAACGACUCGCCAGGCAACAAGACAUCGAAGAAGAGGGAAAGCGAUGCUACACCAGAGGGCAAACCCAAGAGGACGCGCACGGGAUGCUUGACGUGCAGAGAGAGGCAUCUCAAGUGCGAUGAGAAUAAGCCCUGUUGCAACAACUGCGCCAAGUCUCAGCGUGAUUGCAACUGGGGCAAGAAGCUCAACUUCCUCGACACUACAUGCGAGAAGAACGCCUACCUGAUUCCCAAAGGUGCCGAGUACCAGAUCGCCUUUCAGGACGAGUCGAGAAUCAUCGCGGCCGAAUACGUGGGUGGCCGAGAGAUGUAUCCUGCAGAAGAGGCCGACACCUACAUACCCAUGCCCGGCAGCGGCUUCCCAAUGGGCCCACCGGGCGGUCUUGCACCCCCACCAGCUGCUCACCAGCUCCUGCCGCCUAUCCAAGGUAUGGCUCAGGAGUCUUACCAGCAGGCGCAACACUACAACGACUACGAUCACCAGCACCUUCCACAACAACACCACGCGCGCGCUCACUCGAACUAUUCCGGCUCGAACCCAUCUCCCUACGCCAUGGACCACGCUGCGAGUCCAGCACCUGCUCCAACCCGCGACUAUCUGAAAUCCCAAGAGGAAGUGCUGUACAUGCAGGUUUUUGUUGAAGAGAUUGGCAUCUGGAUGGACAGUAUGGAUGCGCACAAGCACUUCUCGCGCCUGCUUCCGUUCCACGCGUUGAACGAACCCAUGCUGCUCAAUGCCUUCCUGGCAUGCGGUGCUCGACACCUAGCGCUCGUCAACCCAAAGUACAGCGAAGAGAAAGCGCUACACUAUUAUGAUGUCGCCACUCGGGAUUUGUUACACUCCCUGCAGGACCCAGACCGUGACACGAUCCUGUGCGCGACUACCGCAGUCAUCCUGAACGUAUACGAGAUCAUGGGCGAACGCGCACUGCAACGAAUGAACCACAUCGCCGGUGCUCGGGCGCUGAUCAAAGAGUGUCGCUGGAAUGCCCGAUCGAUGGGCGUUGGAGCUGCGUGCUUCUGGCUCAAUGUCGGUAUGGAGAUCCUCAGUUGUCUUCACUUCAACUGGCAGGUGGCCUGGGAUCCUGAUGAAUGGGGUAUCGAGCUGGACUUCUCGCCAGAGACCGAGUCCGGAAAAGAAGAGACCUGGACACACCGGAUUUUGUACAUCGUCGCGAAGACAUGCAACUACCGCGCAUCGAUACCACGAAAUCCAGACAUCGCGAGGCAAACACUCCAAGAUCGUCACAACGAGUGGUUGCGCCUAAAGGAUAUGACGGAUAGGUGGAACGAAGGCAUACCUCGCACCAUGCAUCCAAUGGCAUACCUUUAUCCAGGCCAAACAAUAUCGGGCUCCGCCUUUCCGGAAGUGUGGCUGAUCAAGCGGACCUCUAUUGUUGCCAGGUUGUUCUAUCACACGUGUCUUGUCCUGCUUGCCCAGGUCAACCCAAUCCAAGGGUCCAACGAGCCUGAGAUGUGGAAUAUGAUAGAGCAAAACUCAAAGUUCAUCUGCGGUAUUAGUGCACACGUCAAGGACCGCGGUGUUGCAAGUGUAGCGUUGCGCUCUCUUGCCAUUGCUGGCGAGUGUCUUACGGAUCGAAGGGAGCAGGAGGAAGUUCUUCAUAUCUUCGACAAGAUCCGUCAAGAGACAGGCUGGCGGGUUGGCUUCGUCAACACCGAGCUCAAACAGAAGUGGGGCUGGGAUGCGCAAGACCAGCAGCAAGCGAACGGUCACGCCCAAGACGCAAACGUAGCUUACCAGCAGCAACAAGCACAUCAGGCCCAAGUCGUCGUCCAGCAGCAGAUGCAAGCUACGGUGACCCAACCCCCCAUUAUCCGUCCGAGGCCUCCACCAGGCUUCGGAAACCCGCUCCUUGUCGCAGACUUCAACAUGCCACAGCAUCCUUAUCAGAGUCACUACGUGCCGGCGAACUUCAUACAGCAACAACAGCCAGCGACGCUUUUGCAACCGCCCAUUGCCGUAGCAAAUGGUUUCGGCGGGCAUAAUUUCUAUUGA